UGCCCUGGGUCUAAGUGCAUGGCUGCCGCUUUAACAAACUCAUUGUUGAUAGCUGUGCGCGUAACAUUGUCAGGUGUUACAAAGACCGUUUCUGCGCUCCAGCCUCUGGAGCCAAGCUUGCUCACUUUACGCGAAUUGAUCAAGUCAAUAAACUCCUGA